AGAAAGGGGGAGAGGCUGAAAGCAUCUUCCGGUUUGGGAAAGGUUUCGCUUAGUGCACGUGUGUCUUUUCCACCCGGCUCCUGCGUGUCCCUCUGUCCGAGUGAUCUUGUCUGUGGUACUCCUCGCAGGCCUAAGGAUGAAGGCGAGAAGAAAUAAAAAGCAGGUCCCAAGCUUUCGCAAGUUGAUAAAAACUAGUAAAGUGAAACUUGAAAACAAACUGAAAAAUAAGCAAUUUAAACAACAAAGUACCAUCAAGAAGUACCGAAAAGAGCAGAGGAAAUUAAGGCAAGCUGUAAAAGAUGCUGUGUCUAAAAAACCCAUUCCACUGGAGGACCCAAAGAGCAAACGGCCAGUUAAAAGGAUGGAGAGGGAGGAGGAAGAGGAGGAAGAAGCCCUUCCUUUGGAUAUGAUGGAUGAAGAUGACCUACAGCUGAUGAAGGAUUUAGGACAAAAGGCAUCUUUUCUCACACGAGAUCUUUCUUCUAGUGAACCAGUUCAUAUCAAGAAACGAAAGCACGAGAGUGUGAUAGAGAAAUAUGAAAAAGUGCCAAGAACUCUGCAAACUGCCCCAGAGAAGGAGUUGAUUCACCUGCUUCCUAUCAAGGACAAGAGUGGCAUCAUCCCUCAGGCUCGGGAGAAGCCGGUUGCUGACGUGCCACAAGAAGAGGAGGCUGAGGAAGAGCUGGAAGAUGAGGAAGAGGUCAUUGAAGACCCCAGGCCGGAGCUGACCAUAGAAGAGCAUGUGAUCGAGAGAAAGAAGAAACUUCAGGACAAGAAAAUACAAAUUGCAGCCUUAGCAUCUGCUAUUCUGUCAGAUCCAGAAAGUCAUAUUAAAAAACUGAAAGAGUUGCGUUCCAUGCUGAUGGAGCAGGACCCUGAUGUGGCUGUCACUGUCCGGAAGUUGGUCAUCAUCUCACUGAUGGAGCUGUUUAAGGACAUCACUCCCUCGUAUAAAAUCCGGCCUCUAACCGAAGCAGAAAAAUCUACCAAGAUUCGUAAAGAAACCCAGAAGUUAAGAGAAUUUGAAGAAGGCCUGGUUAGCCAAUACAAAUUUUAUUUGGAAAAUCUGGAGCAAAUAGUUAAAGACUGGAAGCAAAGGAAGCUGAAGAAGAGCAACGUGGUGUCCUUAAAGGCCUACAAAGGGCUGGCUGAAGUGGCAGUGAAGAGCCUGUGUGAGCUGUUGGUGGCCCUGCCCCAUUUUAACUUUCACAAUAACAUCAUUGUACUGAUUGUCCCUCUGAUGAAUGAUGGGUCAAAGCCGGUAUCUGAAAUGUGUUGCGAAGCAGUAAAGAAACUCUUUAAACAAGAUAAAUUAGGCCAAGCUUCUCUGGGUGUCAUUAAAGUCAUCUCUGGUUUUGUAAAGGGCAGAAAUUACGAAGUUAGGCCAGAGAUGUUAAAAACAUUUUUAUGCCUGCGGAUCAAGGAGGUAGAAGUGAAAAAAGAUACAGAGGACAUUAACAAGCCCAAAAGAUUCAUGACUUUCAAGGAGAAGAGAAAAACUCUAUCAAGAAUGCAAAGAAAGUGGAAGAAGGCAGAAGAGAAACUAGAGCGGGAACUCCGGGAGGCCGAAGCUUCGGAGAGCACUGAGAAAAAGCUGAAACUGCACACCGAGACUCUGAAUAUUGUGUUUGUGACCUACUUCAGAAUACUGAAGAAGGCCCAGAAGUCACCUCUUCUGCCAGCGGUUCUAGAAGGCCUUGCCAAGUUUGCACAUCUUAUAAAUGUGGAGUUUUUUGAUGACUUAUUAGUGGUUCUUCAUACCCUCAUUGAGUCUGGGGAUCUAAGUUAUCAAGAAAGUCUCCACUGUGUUCAAACUGCUUUUCAUAUUCUUUCUGGACAAGGUGAUGUUUUAAAUAUUGACCCGAUGAAAUUCUAUACACAUCUUUACAAGACACUGUUCACAUUACAUGCAGGUGCCACCAACGACGGCAUUGAGAUUGUGCUCCACUGCCUCGAUGUCAUGCUAAGCAAGCGCAGAAAGCAGGUUUCUCAUCAGCGAGCUCUUGCCUUCAUCAAACGCCUUUGUACACUUGCUCUGCAGGUUCUUCCAAAUUCAAGCAUUGGCCUUUUAGCAACUACCAGGAUAUUGAUGCAUACUUUUCCCAGAACAGAUCUCUUGCUUGAUAAUGAGUCUCAGGGCAGCGGGGUGUUUCUACCUGAGCUGGAGGAGCCAGAGUACUGUAAUGCACAGAACACCGCACUGUGGGAGCUACACACACUUCGGAGACAUUACCAUCCCAUUGUGCGAAAGUUUGCAGCACAUCUGCUUGCUGGGGCACCAUCCGAAGGCUCUGAGGCCCUCAAGCCCGAGCUGAGCCGAAGAUCUGCAGUUGAACUUUUUGAGACUUACAGCAUGGCAGCAAUGACAUUCAACCCGCCUGUUGAAUCUUCAUACUCCAAAAGGAAGGAUAAAUUUUUACCAGGAGACUCAUUUUUGAAUGAAGAUUUAAAUCAACUAAUCAAAAGAUACUGUAAUGAAGCUGCUCCUGAGACACCGCUGGAUUUCGCCAAGUGUUUGGAAAGCUCAUCAUGGCAGUAGAGGGUGAAUGGACUGUCUCAGAUAUCUGUAUGUGCAUGGCAGAGACACACAGAUAUGUCAGGGCCUGUUUCUGGUUGUACAAGGAAGACUUCCUAAGAAUGAUUAUUUGAGAACUGGAGCAGGGCCACAGAAGACCCUGCUCAUUGGCUUGCUUUCCAUGCCUUGCUUGGCCUGCCUUUUUAUACAGUCCACACCAACUUGUCCAGGAAUGGCACUGCCCAUCAGUCAUGAAAUCUACAACUGCCCUGCAGACAUGCCAUAGUCUAGUCUGUGGAGGCAGUUCUUCAGUUGAGAUUUCCUCUGCUCAGGUGACUCCAGUGUAUGUUAAGUAGACAAAACCUAAACAAGACAGCUAUUAAAUUUUUAUAACUAAAAAAAUAUUGUUAUUGCAGCACCAUAGUUGAAAGCAAAUAAAAUAUUUUGUGGGGUUUUUUAACCUUCAUUUUUUUUUAUUUGAUUUAAUUUGAUUUUAAUUUUUUAUGAAUUUAUUUACUUAUUCACUUUACAUCCCCAUCACAGAUCCCUUUCCUUCCAGUCCCCCUCCCCCCAUGACUCCUCCCUCCUACCCCCUCCCCGUCAUUUCUAAAGGAAUGAAGGUCCCCCCGGGGUAUCAACCCACCCUGGCACCUGAAGUCACUACAGGACUAGGUACAUCCUCUUUUAGUGGGUUCAGACAAGACAGCCCAGUUAGGAGAACAGGGUCCACAGGCAGGCAACAGAGUCAGGGUAAGACCAGCUCCAGUUGUUGGGGGAUCCGAAUGAAGACCAGUCUGUACAUCUGCUACAGAUGGGGGGAGGGCUAGGUUCAGCCCUUCUGUGCUCUUUGGUUCAGUCUCUGGGAGCCCCCAAUUUUGUGAAUUUUUUUGAUAAAUAAGUUAAAGUUAUACUCUUGUUCAUUGUCUCUUGUUGAGUGACACAAGGAAUGACCGAAUGUGACCUUUUAGGAGGAACGAGUGCUCUCAUUGCUAGUGUGAGAGAGAGUGUGAGUCAGAAUCUUGAGUCUUUGAAGUUCGGUUAACUUAGUACCUGAGAGUGAUAGGGGAAUCGCUCAGUAAGAUGAAAGGUCCAAGAUUUCCAUUGUGCCAUAGGAAUAUCGGUUCCUGUCCAACCAGGAAAGUGUUUUUCUCUUAAAGUCUUUGUUGUUGUUGUUGUUGUUGUUUUGUUUUCUUUUUCCUGAGACAGGGUUUCUCUGUAUAGC